AUGGGACAUCCCACAACUGCUGCAGUCUGGAUCUGGAUGUUCCCGCUCUUGCUGUUGGAAUCCUGGGCUGGACACUUGGGAGCACAGGAGACCGAGGUGCUGGAGGGCCAGGAGUGCAGGCCCCAUGAACAGCCUUGGCCGACGGCCUUGUUCCAGGGUGUCCGGCUAGUAUGUGGGGAUGUUCUCAUAGAUGACAACUGUGUCCUCACAGCAGCCCACUGUAAAAAACUGAAAUACACUGUCCGCCUGGGAGAUCACAGUCUGCAGAAUAAGGAUGAGUCAGAACAAGAAACGGCUGUGGCUCAGUCCCUCCCUCACCCCUGCUACAACAGCAGCAACGAGGACCACAACCGUGAUCUGAUGCUCAUUUGACCACGUGAUCGGGCAUCCCUGGGGCCCCAAGUGAAGCCCAUCCGCCUGGCCGAUCACUGCCCUCAAGUGUGCACUAUCUCAAGCUGGAGCUCUGUCACCAGCCCCCAAGAGAAUUUUCCUGACACCCUCAACUGCACAGAAGUAAAAAUUAUUCCUCAGAAGCAGUGUGAAGAUGCCUACCCUGGGCAAGUCACAGAUAGUAUGGUCUGUGCAAAUGAAAGCAGUGGGGCUGAUCCAUGCCAGGGAGAUUCACUGGUAUGUGGUGGUGUUCCAGGCAUCACAUCCUGGGAAUCAGACCUCUAUGGGCGGUCUGAGAGAUCUGGCAUCUACAUCAACAUCUGCCACUACCUGGACUGGACUAAGAAGACCAUGGGCAGCAAGGGCUGA